UUUGUGUGGAGGAUCAUCAGACUCACAUGGUUUAGAGUGAGGGUUCGCAGGACAGUGUUCAGAGGAGGACAGAACAGAGGAGUGCCUUGAACGCUAAAACUACACAACCCUGUUUGUGGUCUAGGUAGGUGGGCACAGGAACCAUGGAAAACAGCAAGACGGAAGAACAAAACCAGGAAAUGGAGGACGCCAACCUAGAGAUUGCUCAGCUGCAGUCCUUGGUGGCAGAGCUGCGUACAUUGCUGCAGGGGGUGUUACAGGACAUGGCUGUGCUGCAGCAGAGGGACAGCAGUCUGGAAGAGAGGGCUCAGGCACACCAGAGAGACCUGGAUGACAGGAUCAUGGGAAUCAGGAACUCCCUCAACACGUUUAAGGAGGACCUGAGCAGUGCUCUAACCCAGAUCAAAGAGGUUAGCAGCAGACAGAAAGAGCUACAGGAAGGCCUGGAGUUCCUCCAAUCAGAGACCGGCAGAGAGAUCCGGCCCGUUCAACAGAGAAAAAGCUCCAAAGGGGACUGCCAUGGGGAGGGCCAUGAGUGUCUCUCCAACCAGACAGAGCUCAACGUCAUCCAGCAUUACUUUGCCAGCCUGCCCAGCAUCUCUCCACACAGGAGCAUAGCCUCGACACAGACCUCUAACUCAGAGCAGGAGGCAGCCAGUGGCCUGCCCCAAAGGGGUCAGUCGAAGUCUCCAGUGUGGACAGAAUCGAAAGAGAGCCGGGACGACACGGAUGCACAGAGUGCCUCAGAAAACAACAUUAGUAAGGUCACAAACAACCAUCGAUGUAGUAACUGUUGUUACAUCCUAACCCCUAACCUGGUGUUCCAGCUGCAGGCCUUGGUGGUGGAGCUGCGUACGGGGCUGCAGGGAGUGUUACAGGACGUGUCUGCGCUGCAGCAGAGGGACAAAGGUCUGGAGGAGAGGGCUCAGGGCCAGCAGAGCGAUGUGGAUGACAGGAUCAUGGGAAUCAGGAACUCCCUCAACACAUUUAAGGAGGACCUGAGCGGUGCUCUAUCCCAGAUCAAAGAGGUUACCAGCAGACAGAAAGAGCUACAGAAAGGCCUGGAGCUCCUCCAAUCAGAGACCGGCAGAGAGAUCCUGUCCGUUCAACAGAGGAAAAGCUCCAAAGGGGACUGCAUUGGGGAGGGGCAUGGGUGUCUCUCCAACCAGACAGAGCUCAAUGUCAUCCAGCAUUACUUUGCCAGCCUACCCAGCGGCUCUCCACAGAUGAGCACAGCCUCCACACAGACCUCUAACUCAGAGCAGGACGCAGCCAGUGGCCAGCCCCAGAGAGCUCAGUCCAAGUCUCCAGUGUGGAGAGAAAGGAAAGAGAGCCGAGACGACACGGAUGCACAGAGCGUCCCAGAGAACGGUAAGAGGCAGGUUGCUGCCCUGGAGCUGUUGGAGUCAGAGAGGGUGUAUGUGUCGUACCUGUCUCUCCUGCUGAAAGCCAACAUCACCUUCAACAGCACAGAGGACCUCCACACCAAAGACAAACGGCCAUUCCCCAGUUCUCUACGUUUCCUCAUCCAGCAACACCUGGAGCUGCUUCACACUCUGCAGGAGAGGGUGCUCAAGCGCCAGUGGCAGGGCAUCAUGGGAGAUGUAUUCAUGAGGCUCACCAGCAAAGAGAGUGAUUUCCUGGACUUCUACGUGUCGUAUCUGAAGGAGCUGCCUGAAUGUCUGUCUGUGGUCAACAUGUUGACCACCACCUCACUAAAAGCAGCCGGCCUGUUUGAGGGUGACAUCAACGGGGACGAGACGACACGCCCCUCUCUCCACACUCUGCUUCUCCAGCCAGUACAAAGGAUCCCUGUGUACCUUCAGCUGCUGCAGACCCUGUUGAAGCAGACAGAUGCAGAGCACCCUGACUACUACCUGCUGCUGGUGUGUAUCCAGCAGGUCAGAGCCUUCACCACCCAGUACGCCCACCUACUGCAGCACGACAAAGAGCUGCUCCUGCACAACCGCAAAGAGCUCAAGAGGUCAACUAUGAAGCAGUUCUUCAAAAAUGUGGACUGUGGUAACGUUAUGCAAGCCAAUGAGAUGGGCUCCCCUUACCCCACCAGCAACGCAAUACUAGAGCAUGCCAACCAGGUGAAACGCAGCAAGCAGAGGCACCUGGAGCAGAUCCAGUCUAGACGCUUCCAGGACUGGGAGAGCGAGGCCCACCACUCCGACUCCCCCAUCCCAUUUUUCUCCCCUGACACCAACCCUCGCCUCAAACCCCCAGGCCUUCAGAGUAUCCCUGAGAUGGGGUCAUCAGAGCAGCUGCCCGGCAAACGGCUGACCCCGGGCUCAGCCCUGUCCGAUGCCCAAGGGGAGUUCCUUCGCCCUGGGGACCCUCCGGGCUUGGAGGGGCUGUAUGAGGAUGCGGAAUCGUCCCUCCACAACGUGUCCCUGUUCGACCACUACUCCAGUGCUUCGUCCGACUCUAGUAUCGACAUCGCCUUUGUGCGCUGCCCUAAGAGCCAUCAGGCUGUUCGCGAGGUCUACAACAGCGGGGGCAGCCGGGGGAGCAGGUACAAGCAGCUGCCUGGCCGGGAUUGCGUGUCGCCAGACGAGGCCCAAAUGAUGCAAGCUCACCACCACCGCCCCCUGCAGGCCGCUCAGCGUAAGAGCAAGUCCCUGAACGGGUUGCAGCUGGACAGCACUGUGAGUGGGGACAGUGGCCCCGGACAUCUGUCUGACCACCUGAGGUGCCACGGGGCCCACCAACAUGCCAAGCUGGAGAGGCAGUCCAGUAAUAAAUAUCACCCACGCAGCAGCAAGGGCCAGAGCAGCAACAACAGCCCCAUCAGCCCCCCGCAGCACAGAGCAGAGCCAGAAAGACAGGUAGCAGCCACUGACAAGGAGCUGCAUAACAACAACCACAACAAGGACUCUGGGAGCCCCCCCUGGGGGGAGGAGCCAAGAUGGAAGGCUGAGGCGAAUAACCACACCCCCCUCAGUGAGAGGAGCCGGAAACAGGAGAAGGGAGGCUUCCGUAGCUCCUUCAAGAAGCUCUUCAAGAAAAAGUCGGGGGGAGGAGAGAAGGACAAAGAGAAGACGGACAGCCAGAACUCCAGUGAUCACGAGGCAGGCAAGACCCCAAGAGUCGCCCACCUAGGCAUCGAACGUGGGACUGCCGUGUGAAAAGUGUGACUAGAGCGUCACCAGCAGAGAAACACAUUGCUCUGAGAAAGGCUUCAAAUAGGUGCCAGUGAAAUUCUAGGGUAUAUAGACAGUGUACAAAGCAUUAGGAACACCUGCUCUUUCCAUGACAGACUGAGCAGGUGAAAGCUAUGAUCCCUUAUUGA